CCCGUUCGUACUGUAGUACAAUACAGCGGCGGCACGUCUUCGCAUCAACUAUAAUAAUUCAUAACCAGUUCUUCGGAAACCAGCGGAAUUUUAUAUAAGUACCUCACUAUUUCUGUCGGCUUUUCUGAAUGGCCCAACAUAUCCGUCUCAGUAUUCUGAUUGUGAGUGCACUCAGUCAGCAACCUACUCCAACCAGAGAAUCGAAACGUAUUCCGAGCAAAGUCCAAAUUUGCUCGCGUGCUAUCGUGUUGUUGAUUGCAGUUGGUUAUCCAAUAAUUACUGAUUUCAUUUGCAUGUUCUUUGAUUGCACUUCGUCGCCAUUCCUGACUGGCAUGUGGUAUUCUUGGACGAAUUUCGCGUCAUUCCCAGUUGCAGCAGCAUGUCCAGCGAUGCAGAUUGUGAAAAGAGUGGGUCUGCCGGGAAGAAAGAACUUCUGCCAUGUUACGUGAACGAUGGAACGGAAACGCUGUCAGAGGAGAAAAGCAGCGACUUUGGAGCGCAGUUUGAUGAGCUACUUGUGGCUGUCGGAAAAUUUGGAAGAUAUCAACAGUUUGUUAUUCUCGUUGUUCUGCUUCCUUCCAUAUUCGCUUACGCGUUUUCCAAUGGAUUCUGGCUUUUUAUCAUCGCGUCACCAGACAAAUUCUGGUGUCGUUCUGGAGAUAACGUAUCGGACUUCAAUUUAACCGCGAAUGGGGACCAGCAGUGCACCGUCCACUCCAUAGCUAUGGCGAAUGCGUCAGAUUCUGUUGACCGGACCAGUGUGCCGAUAGCGCCUUGUGCAAGUGGUUGGGACUAUGAUAAGACCUACUACUACAGCACCAUCGUAACCGAAUGGGAUUUGGUGUGUUCCCAUGAUUUCCUGGCCACAUUGAUGUACAUCAUCACAUCCGUCGUGGGAACACUAGCCGCACCACUGGGCGGCUGGUGUAGUGACCAUUAUGGCCGGAAGUCCACAUAUUUCGGCUUUCUGGCCGUAGAAAUUGUCAGUGGCAUAGCGGUGUCUUUGUCCCCUUCGUACUGGAUAUUUGUUGUGUUGGCUUCGGUGCACAGCAUUGCCGUGUACCCAACUUACCAGACGUUGUACACACUGGGUUUGGAGAUUCUCAGUCCUGAUUAUCGCACCAAAUUUGCGGUGAUGUUAAGUUUUGCAUAUGCAUUGGGCGCUUGCGCGUGCUGCGGAUUAUCCUUCUUCCUGAGGGAUUGGCGAAUGAUUAUUCUGAGCUGUAGUUUGCCCGUGGCGAGCUUGUUUGGGUUUUGGUGGGUGAUGCCGGAAUCUCCGCGGUUUUUGUUGAGCCAGAGACGUUUUCGGAAAGUGGAGCUGUACUUCCGACGCGCAGCAAAGUGGAACCGCGUGAAUUUCGAGGUAGAAUGCCGGGAGAAGUUGUGCCAUCUAUUUGAAAGUCUGUCCACGCGCGACGUGAAAGCCAAGGAGAAGUCGUACUCGUUCAAGCAUCUGUUGAUCUGCCCGAAAUUGCGACGUCGCUUAUUUGUCUUAAUGUAUUUGAGCGGAGUCGUCGCGGUAUGUUAUGGUGGUCUUGGAUUUUAUGCACCACAAUUGGGAACCAAUCCGUACUUGAAUGUCUUCCUGACGAGUUUAGUGGAUUUGCCCGCCGCGUUGUUGACACAGUUAGUGGCCGAUAAGUUGGGAAGACGAUUGACUUUGUUGUUGGAUUUCGUUUUGGGAGGCUUGGCUUGUUUGGCAACGUUAUUGUUCCCCCAAACGGAAGAUUAUUAUUUCGCAACCCUGGUGUUGUUUUUGAUGGCGCGGAUGUUCGCUGUGAGUUCAUACACGGUGGAGGAACUUGUGUCGUGCGAGAAUUUUCCCACGGUUGUGCGGGGUGAGGGAAUUAGCUUGACGAAUGGCGUUUCGGGGAUUGUGUCGAAUUUGGGGCCGACCAUCGUUUACUUGUUUGUCGGGAAUGCGUUGGCCACACCCAUGGCUUGGUUUGGAGGAAUUACGAUUUUGGCCAGUUUUAUUGUGUUUUUCAUUCCAGAGACAGUUGAUAAACCGCUUCCGGAAACGUUGGAUGAUUUUGAAGAUUUCACUGUGGUUCAAUCUGUGAGGGAACUUUUUGUGCACCUGAAAUGAAGCAAAGUGCAUUAAUAAGGAUUGUGAUGAUGCGGUCUGCCUGUGUCUGAUUAGAAUGAGUUUCGUUAGUGUUACUCGUUAUUUGUAUUAUACUCCUGGUUUCGAUAUCUUUAUUCUACAGAUAUUCUGUGGUUGUUGGUUUCUCAGUUUUUCUUUUAGAGUUUUAGUUUUCGAUCACCUUCAUCACAUAGUUAUAAGGAUUGUGCUGUCAGUGUAAAGUGGCUGGACUUAUUGUUAGCAAGAUUUGUAUCCCUGCACGAAAAUUUUUCAUUCAUUGGCACAAAGUUUACUUUCUGGAAUUUUGUGGCUAACAGCAGCUUUGUUAGAGGUGAAGCAUCGGAUAAAAAAUAACAGGGUGAUAUGAACUUGCUUUUUAUUACUGUACUUGUAAUCAAAACUUUGUGUGCGAUGCUCG